AUGCUAUACUUGCUACUUAUUUUGAACCAAGUAUCAGCUUUAGUCUGUAACCCAUAUCUAUGCGAGCCAUCUCAAAGCUGCGAUGGUCAGUGCGCCUAUUCAUGCUUAUCUUCGCAGUGCUCAUCUUCAGCCCCAACUUCAGUUUACGUUGACUACAACAAUUUAAAUUCCGGGAGAGACGGAUCUUCAUCUAACCCUUAUAAAACGCUUUUAGAGGUUUUCAACAGCAAUACAAAUGGAAAUAUUAAAAUUUUAUUUUCCCCAGGAACCCAUGUUAUAGAUUAUGUACUUCCAACAAAUACCAUAUCAGACCUGUCAGUAGGAUUUAUUAGCAACUGCAAUCCUUGUACAACACUGGCAACUCUUAAAUUGCAAACAGUUAACUUUAUGUUUCCGGACUCGGAUGUCUCAAAUAUGUAUUUUGAAAAUAUCAUAAUUGAUGGCGAGCAAGCAAUGGAUAGCUCUUGCAAUUCAAUGAACUGUGGAUACUGCGCUUAUCAUUAUGAUACUUCUACUUCUAAUAAUUAUGUAAGCAGCUGCAGCUCUCAAGAAGAGAACUCACUUGUAAACUUAAUAAGCAUAGGACCAUCUACAAAUCUGUUUAUUGUUAGAACCAAAUUCCAAAAUAUGAGGCAGGACCUGAAAUCAAUUAUUUACUCUUCAGGGGGACAUAUAUUAAUGAGUGAUGUGGAUUUUUACAAUAUUAAAGUUUAUGACAGCAAUUCAAAUAAGCAUGGAGCUAUCACUAUUCAAUGCACCUCAUCUCCUCUCUGCUCUGAUAGCUUUGUCUAUUCAGGAGGCUCUGUAUCUUUACUAGGAAAUGGGUAUACCUAUUAUGAUAUACACUUAUAGAGAGUCGAAAAAACGGUGAAUUUAUCAUCCUAAAGAUUCUAUUAGUUUUUUUGAGGAUCCUUAAUCUCUUCGUUAAAGAUUCUUUCUCUAUCACCUGCUGAAUGGCUGACAUCUUCAAUUUGGACAGAUUCAAUUGAGUCAUUCACUAGAAAAGUCAAUUGAAUCUGUCCAAAUUGUAGGUAGUCCUUCAUUCAGACUUCCUGCAGAGUCAGGCAAUGCAGAAAGAAUCUUUAAUUAAGAAAUUAGGGAUCCUUAAAACACUCAUAGAAUGUUUUAGGAUGAUAAAUUCUGCUAUAUCCUAAUACACCAAUCAACUAAAGCACUGCUUUUCGACUCUCUAUCCGUGUAUAAUAUUGUUCAAUCGAGCUUUUUGCUAGCAAAAUUCCCUGGAACUAUAAAGAUUUCCAGCGUAAAUUUUUCAUACAAUCUCGCUCUAUGCGGAGCACAGAUAGUUGCAGCAGAUUCAUUAUCAGGAAACUGUCCAUCAAUGUUUUACAUAUCAAACUGUGAAGAACAAAUUAUAUUUGAAAAUAACAACUUCUGGUGGAACUAUUCAUUUCAGCGGUUCAUUUAUAUUUUAUAUGAUUCGAGCUACAUCCUUAAUCCGAAAUACAUGAGCAAUGGCCGAUACAUGAGCUUUGCAAACUCAAAAUUUAAAAGCAAUAAUUUCACUGAAAACGCGUCUAAUUAUGGGCUAAUUGAAAUUUAUUUUUCUACUACUUCUACCAAUGUGGAACUUGACACAAAUUAUUUUAUUAGAAAUGUUAUUGAUACUGCCCAUUGCAGCUUAAUUCGUGUUUGGAGCGAUUACUGGUACAACUAUAACUUGUAUGGGGCUGCAGGUGGCAGUGUUACAGUUAGCGGGGUUACUGUUCAAGCAGAUCCUGACUUCAUCAACCUAAACAAUCUUGUUAUUGAAAGCUGCUUUGCCUCAAACUUAUUCUACGGCAAAAGUUUGCUAAAUUUGCAUGCUUUCAAUAUUGCUGUCACUUGAAAUUACCCGAGUUUUCACCUUGUAAAUGAUGUUGUAAUCAACCAGUUUAUUUCAAAGGGAUACUUGACUGGUAAAUUUAUUAUGUAUUGGCACAAUUUCGGGAGAGUCUCACUCGUCAGGACAUUUUCCUACUUGGGGAACCCAAAUCCCACAAGUGGGAGCAGUUCAACUGUGGGAUUUGGGUUCCACAUAUGAGAAAAUCUCUCCUAACAUAUGGAGGCCCUCCAGAAAUUAUGCUAGUGCAUAAUAGUAUUUUUGAGCCAAAGCACAAUAUUUUUUACUUUUUCUACAUCCAAGGUCUUUACUCUGCCUCCAUAGACACUUUAUCCACUCGAAAUAAUCCAACAGAUACAUUAUUAUACCAGCUCUUUUCAAUAACUUCUAUAUGAACUUGAGCAAACUUUACAAAUAUUUCUGCUGAUUCACUAUCCUAUACAUCUACUGACGACUAUUUAAUAUAUCUAAGUAGUGAUAAUUCUGGCAGUGUAAAGAUGUCACAAAUGCGGUUUUCAAAUAUUGUAAAUGAUAAAUCGCAAGGACUCAUUUCAAUACAAAGUGUUAAUAAUCUCGAAAUUUGAAGCACAACUAUUACAAAUAGUGAAUAUAGCUAUUCAAGCAUAUCCCUUCAGAAAGCCAAGUGAAUAGUCAUUUCAGACUUGCAAAUUGACCAUUCUCAAUCCUAUUAUUAUGGGGGAUGCAUAUAUGCAAAGCCAGCGCAGGAUAAAUACAGUAAGACGCAAAUGAAGAUCGAAAACUCUGUUUUUAAUUUUUGUAAGUCCAAUAAGGGGGCAGGCUUGUAUUUGAAUUAUGACGAAGAUGCUACUGUAAUUCUGAUGAUAACAAAUACCAUUUUUUCCAAUGGAAAUUCAGCAGAUGGAGGAAGUGCAAUUUUUUUCAAAAAUAAUUUUCCUUUAGAUUCAUCCUCAUUUAUUACCAAAUCAACGUUCUCUAAUAACUAUUCAUAUAAAACAGGGGCUUUAACACUUUAUUAUGCAGGCUAUUUAACGGUUUCUGACAGCUUCUUUACUGGAAACACAGCAGGAAUAGGAUCCUCGGCAUUUUAUGGAUUUUUUCAAGACAAUGGCAAGCCUCUUAAGCUAAUCAACAAUGAAUUCAGCGGAAAUUCAGGCGGAAAGGUUCUGCACUUUCAGUCAAUAAUUCAAAGUUGCCAAAUUCUAUCUGACUCCAAUAUCUUUCAAAACCACAGCACUAAUACUGUGAUUCUUCUUGAUAAAAUUGAAUGGGUUGAUACAAAUAGUCAGUUUGUUGAUAACGACCAAAGUAUUCUUGCACAGAGCAUAAGUAAAGUGGAGUUGACUGGGACAAGCUUUACGAAGCAUACAAGCACACAGCUGCAUAUCAUAGAAAUCUCUCAAAGUGAAAUAUAUUGUGAGAGUUGCUCUUUUAAGAAUAACCAAAAAAAAUGUGUCUCUGUUUCUGGCCCUUCAAGUUCAACCUUCAAAAGUUGUGAGUUUUCAGGCAACUCCUGCUCUUAUAAAGGAGGGGCGAUUCUUUAUACAGAAGCCACAGGCACUAACAGUAUUUCUGACUGCAAAUUCAAAAAAAAUUACAUAGAAGAAGGAGGGGUCAUCAAUAUAGUUGAGUCUACAGUGACGGUAGAAAACAGUGAAAUAAAAGAAAAUGCGUCAGCUUAUAGUUCUCCAGGUAUAAUACUGAAUACAGCAGUAUUAAACGUAUCAAACACGGUUUUUGCCGGUCAGUCGUCUUCUGGACAAGGGGCUUUCAUAAUAGGAAGUUUCAGCAGCAGUAUCUAUAUAGAAAAAUCUAGCUUCAGUGGUGGCUAUUCUGAAAGCGGAGGAUCAAUAGCGCUUUCUGGUGGACUCUUGGUGAUGAAAGACUCCUCAUUAAGCUAUUCAAUAGGGAGCCUUUAUUCUUCUGGUAUUUAUGGGACUGACUAUUGCAAUAUCACAAUAAAAAAUUCAGAUUUUUCAGACUUAAGGGAAACUGAGAGCACUGAAAACAGUUCAUAUAUGAUUCACGUGCAGGGAGUUCUGCAAGUCUAUGAUUCAAAAUUUAGCAACUUUAAAUCUGGGGCUAUUUUUGCUACUGAAACAAGCUAUCUAAAUAUUCAAGAUGACGAGUUUUAUAAUGGUGCUAGCUUAGAGAAUGGAGGAGCAGUACUACUGCAGAACGUAAAAUACGGGCAAAUCCUAAGGUCUUCCUUUAUCAAUAACACAUCAAGAAACAAGGGUGGAGCAGUCUAUAUUGACUCGCAGUAUUAUGAAAGCCCAGAAUUUACUAUUUCUAACUGCUUACUUAAAAAUAACUCACUCCCCUACCUUGAAAUUGGAACAAAGAUCUGUUCCAAUUUGAAGAGGGGUUAUUUUUUUUUUUUAAAACAAUCAUAUUAAUUUUUUCUAUAAUUUUAAAAUUUUAAAAAAGAUUAGUCUAGAAAAUUAAUAUUCUACUUAAAAAUUUCCCUAUUGAAAAAAUGUUUGCUAAAAUUUAAAGGGGCUAAAUUACCAAAAAAAUAGAAAUUUUACCAUGUUUUGCUCCAAUUUAAAAGGGAGAGCCAGCAAUUUCAGAAGAUAAUGAAGGAAGCGGAGGAGGAAUAUAUUUGCUGCUCUCAAAUACUAAGGUAAGUAUAACUGAUAAUGAUUUUGACUCGAAUUCUGCUAUAACUGGAGGAGGGAUCUUUAUUUCAUGCUCUUAUAACGAUAAAAACUGCUUGGCUAGUAUAAAGAAAAAUAUGUUCACCAACAAUUCUGCAAUUCACUCAGGUGGUGCUAUUAGGUGAGCUGGAUCUAUGCCAGAAAUCAGUAAUAAUACUUAUCAAAGUAGCAAUGCAACUUAUGGAUCAGAUGUCGCUUCUUUUCCAUAUAAGUUUGAGUUAGUCAUUUCAGAUAGCCAAAGGCAACUCACUAGUUUUUCUGGGGUCGGAAGCAGCCAGAAGUUUCCGUCUCCAAUAAAGCUGAGAUUGCUUGAUCACUAUUCUCAAGUUGUUGCAUACGGCUCUGACGAUUUAGAAGUCAUCAUAAUGGGAGAUUCCAAUACAAAUUUGAUAGGCACUACAUCUACCACGCCUGAUGGUGGAAUCAUCAUUUUUGAUGAUUUUUCGAUUAUUGCAGUCCCUGGUAGUGAAAUAAAUAUAACAAUUUCAGCGCCAUAUAUUUCCUUUUCAGGCCAAAAUAUUGAGUGCAAUGUUUCCGUUGCACUAAGGACAUGCAUAAAAGGAGAGUUCCAGCAGAGCAAUUCAUGCAUCGCAUGCAAUAACGGUACAUAUAGUUUAAGCACUGAUGAUCAAUGCUCUGAUUGCCCUGCACAUGCACAUUGCUAUGGAGGCAGCCUCAUUGCCCCAAACUCAGGCUAUUGGCGUGGAAGUAAUGAUUCUGCUCGUAUUUAUGAAUGCUUGAACAAAGGAGCUUGCUUAGGUGGACUAUUGUCUGAUAUCGGCUAUAUAUCUACGACUGGAAUCUGCUCUGCAGGGUGCAAAGGAAACUUAUGCCAAGCAUGCGAAAUAGGAUAUUCUUAUUCAAGUUCCAACGUUUGUGCAGUUUGUGACAACUCAUGGACUAUUAUCAAGAUUUGUUUUAUCAUUUUAGGAGUAGCCUUGGCCUUGGCUAUUUUAGUCCGUACUACUAUAAUAAGUGCGUAUGAGCCGACUUCAGUUAUGUCCAUCUAUUUAAAAAUUUUCGUGAAUUACCUUCAGCUUGUUUCUCUUGCUGCUCAAUUGCGAUUGUCAUGGCCAGGAAUGGUGUCCAGCUUUGUAGAGCACCAGAGCAAAACUGGAGAAGUUUCAACUCAAUUUUUUUCCUUUGACUGUCUCCUUAUCAGCAAAGAUGAUCCAGAUUCAUACAAGACGGUUUACUUUACAAAGCUUUGAAUUUGCUCUUUAAUCCCAAUAAUACUUGGACUGAUUGUGUUCAUGUUUUGGCUCUCAAUUGGAGUUGUAAAGAAAAGCUUGAGGGUGAUGAAAAGAGAGUUUAUAGCCACUUUGUGCAUCCUUUUCUUCUUAAUUCAUCCAUCUCUCACCAAUUAUAUGUUUUCAGCAUUCAGUUGUAUGGACAUUUAUGAAGAAAAGUAUUUGAUGAAAAAUCUAGACAUAAAAUGCUGGGAUGGAACCCACACAGUUUAUGCGUUCUGUAUAGCGCUUCCAUCUAUUAUUAUAUGGUCGAUAGGAGUCCCACUGUUUGUGUUCCAACAUUUAACUCGUAAUAAAAGAAAGCUGUAUCAAAUUGAAUAUAAAAUUAAGUAUGGCUUUCUUUAUGAUGGAUAUCAAGAGUCACGAUUUUAUUGGGAAUUCGUGGUUAUGAUGAGAAAAAUGUGAAUUAUUUUUCUCUCAGCUAUUUUUAAUGCGAUUUCUCCCAACAUACAAGCUUUAACAUGUCUAAGCAUCUUGCUGGUUUUUAUAUAUUUUCAGCAUAUCAAAAGACCAUUUGAACUAGCAGACCUAAAUGAGAUGGAGCUGAGAGGUGUCUUUGUUUCAGCAGUGACCAUAUAUUGCGGCCUUUAUUUUUUGACAAAUGAUCUUAAUGACGGCUCUAAAUGGUUUUUUUUCUUCCUUAUGAUUUUUUCAAAUGCUGUUUUUCUGGUAUUUUGAGUUUAUAAAGUACUUCGUGAACUGGCAACUAGCUUAUUUUCUUACAAUCUUAACGCGAAAGAAAUAUUUGGAAUAGAAUCAAAGGGAGUAGAUGACCAAAUUGAAGCAAAGAAAAAGGCUACUUUAAUCAGUGAUGGAAAAAAGGCUAGAAGAGAAGGCUUUUACAGAAGUGACGUUGAUAGCCCAGAAAGUCUUUAUUUAAAAUUUUUUGGAAAAAUUGGAAGCAAGCUUGCUCUUGAGUCAAGGACCUGCAGCCAAAGAGCCCAUGCAAGGAGCAAUGCGAGAAUCAACACUUUUUUCAGCGAUUAA